AUGUAUUCAACAAGCACACAGAAAAAAGAAUGGACUUUCACGGCUGAACAAAUCGAUGAUCAAAGACAAGAGGUAAGAAAAUCGAUUCUGAAUCCGCUUAUUGAUUAGACCAGGUCUAUAAAAUCAGACCGCUUUUUGGAAAUUUUCAAAUUGAAACAGACAACUUAAUAAUUUUCAUUAAAAAAUCAAUUAAUCGUUAACGAUUGUCCUAUUUAGCCAAAAUAACACAAUCAAAAUUUCAAGUUUUUGUUAAACUUAAGGCAUUAAAUCGGUUAUUUAUUUUCUCCUUGUAUCAAUAAUUUUUCUUUAGGUCAACCAAAAGUUUCGUGAGAAAUACAAAGAUUUUGUUGAAGAAGGCGAACAUGAAAUAUUUCUAACGUGUCAAGAAGAACUUUCAAUGCAACGAAUUGUCGAAGAAGCCGCAUUGAAAUUCGCCGACAAAUUUCGCCCCUCAAUUUGGCCAUCUGUAAAAUGGACCGCUUAUGCGUAUUUCAAACGUCUUUUUCUCAAAUGGUCCGCGUGUGAUAAUAGCCCCAAAUUGGUUAUUAUGGCAUGUUUUUAUUUGGCAAUGAAAAUCGAUGAAUUUUUCGUGACCAUUGAUGAAUUUGUUGGGAAUUUAACGUAAUUUCUCUUUUCUUUUUUAUUUUAUUUUUAAUAAUUUGUUUUUGUUGCAGAACUGGAAACCCUUCUCAAAACGCUGAACGAAUUUUAGCACUUGAGCCUGAAAUAAUGCGAGAAUUGGAUUAUAAUCUAACUGUUCAUUGCCCCUAUCGGUAAGUGUUUGAAGUUUAACAAAAAAUAUGAAUUUCUGGGUUUCAGACCAUUUGAAGGGCAUUUAAUGGAAAUGAAAACACGAAUGUUGCUUUUGAAUUUUGAUUUGGAAUCAAUUCGAAAUGAUUCGCAACGAUUUUUCCAAUUGGCUCUACAAACUGAUGCUCUUUUAAUGUAUCCACCUUCACAAAUCGCAUUGGCUGCUGUCAAAUUUGGCCUCAAAUCUCAGGGUAUGUUUUUUCUUUUUCCCAGAAUAGUUCAAAGAAUAAAUCAGUUUUCCACUAUCAAUUUCUUCCUCACCGAAACAUGUUUUGUUUUUCCUCUCCUUUCCUUUCUUUUCCCUUCCUUUUUCUACCUUCAAUAUUUCCAUUGUCAUUUUCGUUCCAGGAAAAUCAAAUGAUGUAUUGCGUGAUUUUCUCAAUAAAUUGCUUGGCGUCGAAGAAGAUGCUUGGGGAGGCGGAGUUGUUCCGGAUGCGAAUACGCAUGUCGAAAAAUUACUCGUGAAACUCGAAAUGAUUGAAAAUACUGUGGAAGGUGGAACUAACAAAUUGUCCGAUGACGCAGUUUCGAAUUUACAGGUAUAAUAAAAUAUUAUGAGAGUUAUGACGUGGCAAAUUCAUGAGAGAUUUUUGAUGGCUCCUAAUAUGCUUCUGGAUUAUUAUCUUGUUCAGAAACAUUUUCUCAAAAAUUUGCCACGUCAUAACUUUUUUCAAAGAAAAUUUUUGUUGACUUUUCAUUUCACCACAUUUAUCAGGAAGUUAGAAACGAUCAAACUUUAUGAAAAAAAAUCAACCGCGCAUUUCCUAAAGUAUCAAAUUGGCUAAUUACAAACCUAAUUACGAAAUUCAUUUUUUCAGAAUCGCGCUGGAGAUCUGUCAAACUUUUUGCUUAUUUUGGACAAACGUCGAAAUGAUAAAUGGCAAGCCGAAGGAGGAAUUGGAAGACCGCCAGGAGAAAAAGAUGAACAACCUGUUGAUUCGGAUGAUGAAUGA